CUCAGCCUUCCUGUGAAGCACACGUUUCCAAUUUUGGGAUUUGUGUUUCCGUUGCCAUCUUUUUUAAUGAUUCAGUAAAAUAAUUACAAUAAGAAAUCCAUUCCUCAGCUCAGACUGGGGAAGUGAGCAGCCCUGAGCAGAGCUGAGCGCUGCUGGGGGUCCCCGUGGGCGGGGCGGUGAGGUCCCAGUGGGGCCCUUUGUGAUGCGUCCCCGUGCCCCACAGCUCCAGCUGCCGGCGCUGCGCCCCUCACUUUCCGUCAGGACUCUGAUGAGAAAGCACGCGAGCAGACCUGCGGUGCAAACCACCCCUCGGGUCAAAUCGCAGCGCUUACCCCCGCCCGUGGCUGCCCAGGCCGUGGUCGGUCCCCAACCUCAGCCCUCAUCCUCUGCGAUGGAGGAGAGAAAGCCCUCCUGCCCCGCAGAGAAGGGCAAAACCCCCCAGGAGCCCCCUGUUGUGCCGCCCGCUCCCCGCUCGGACACCCCUGGGAUGCCCGUGUGUGAUGCGGAGCGUUACGCGAUGGACGACAUCGAGGCCUUUGUCCAGAGAGCAGAGCCUCAGAACGAGGAGCAGAAGAUGAAGUUCCUGCAGAGCAUCCGCACCAUCUGCAGCCGCGUGGCGGAGAGGAACGUGGCGCAGGAACUGCGCGUCUUCUGCCGCCGGAACAAUCUUGUGGAGAACAUCAUGGUGCUGCUGGCGGAGGAGCCGCACAAAAAACUGAGCUCCGAACUGCGGCUGCAAGCGAUGGCCACCAUCACCACCCUCAGCAAGGUGGAGGGGUUGCUGGAGGAAAAGAUCCCUCUCUUUGAUGUGUGCUUCCAGAGCAUCCUCCUGCUUCCCUUGGAGCAGGACCUGGACGUGAGCCUUUACUCUCAGACUCUCAGGGCUCUGGAUGAGAUGCUGGACACCUUGGUGUUCAUCCACCCCACUGCAGGCAUCGGAGAGGAGUUGAAAAACGCCUUCCAGGUGCUGCUGCCCUUCACCUCCACUCAGAACUCAGCUGCGUGCCAGAGGGCAGUGGGACGCAUCUGGAAGCUGUGCCAUUCACUGGCGUAUUACUGCCAGGAGAGGCCCCAUCACUCCUCGGGACGAUUCAGACCCAUCUGCUAUGACGAGUUCCGCCUGCCCGUGCUGGGGCAGCUGGUGGGAAGCCUCAUCCUGUGCUGCGCCUGCCAGGAGGACAAAACGCACCGCUGUGCUUUGAGCGCUCUCCAUCACCUCUACAAAUUCAUCCUGUGGAGAAGCCGCUGGGAAGUGCAGCCGGAAGAGCAGGGGAAGCAGGAGCAGUGGGAAGAUGAGCACGAGUUCUCCCUCACCUGGACCACCAACACCUCGGAGAUUUUGCUGCGCUUUGCAAAGCACUUCCACUCUUGGGAGACAACUGACCUCAUCCUCGUGAUGCUGCAGGGCAUGAAGGACUGCAGCAACUGCAACGCCCAGGCUGCUUCCAACUUGAUGGGUGUGCUGACGGCUGACUUCAAGCCCACGCCCAACGAUGUGCAGCGCAUCGUGACAGCCAUCCACAGGAGCAGGAAGCUGAUCACAGAGGAAAAGGCACUGAAGCACAUCCGUGACGUCUUCCCCAGGCUGGCUGCCGCCAGCCCUCAUACAGUGACACUCAGCCUGCUGCGCUGCUCCCCCACCUGUGACAAGGACGCACGGGAGCUGUGGGAGUUGGCGCUGUCCUCAGAGGACGCGAUGCCACAGAUGAUGCAGGAGCUGCUGCGUCUGCUGGAGAUGGCGCCGCUGGGCCUGGAGACCGAGUCCAGCACCCUUAGCCUGGCCGCGGUGGCGGCGCUCUGUAAGCUCCUGCAGAACCUGGAGUACGGCCCGCAGGUGCAGCAGCUUUUCCCGGAGCUCUUUGUGGCUCUCGUCCUCCAGUUGGUGUCCUGUGAGGAGCUCUGUUCGCUGGAGGUCAUCGCCAUCACGGAGGAGCCGUUUGGCCCGGUUUCACUCACCUCUGCUGCCAGGAUGGUGGUGGAGACGUUGCGCCUUUUGCUGCUGUGCUCUGAUAUGGAGGACCUGGCGCUCUUCAUGGAGACCUACAACCUGUGGGCGCGGCUGCCUGGCGCUGCCCAGUGGCAGAAUGGCCUGUGCAACUUUGCCAAGGUGCUGAUGAGGAGAUGCCAGAGUCACUGCAGGCCCAUCUUCAUCCAUCUGCAGAAGCUGCUGCAGUACCACCA